GAUGUCAAUUUGUUAGGUACUUGACAGUUGAUUCUUUCUUUCACGACGUUUUCGACGUUUUCGAUUUUACUAUCAUGGCGGCCGCCGUAGGCAGGAUUUGUGGGGCACGACUUUUGAAAAAUUAUGGAAUAGUUGCACCCCAGGUCUGUCAGCUGUCCACCAAUGCUAAGGGAUGGACGAGGAAUAGAAAAUUGUGGCUAUCCACAUUAGGUGUAGUAGGAGGUGGUGUGGGGGCUUUGCUGUUUGCCCUGGAACAGUCGGUACAGGCCUCAGGCACAGAGGCACAUCCCUACCACCAGCCCUGGAGCCAUGAUGGAUGGUUCAAGUCACUUGACCAUGCUAGUGUGAGGCGAGGGUAUGAAGUAUACAAGCAAGUGUGCAAGGCGUGUCAUUCGCUGCAGUACAUCGCCUACCGUAACUUGGUCAAUGUCACCCACACCGAGGAACAGGCCAAGGCUGAGGCAGCUGAGGUAAUGGUGAAGGAUGGUCCUGAUGAAGAGGGCAACUACUUUGAGAGGCCCGGCAAGCUCUCAGAUUACUUCCCAUCUCCAUACCCCAACGAAAAUGCUGCCCGAGCUGCCAACAAUGGUGCGUACCCACCGGACUUGUCUCUCAUCGUGGCGGGUCGCAAGGGUGGCGAGGACUACAUCUUUGCUCUACUGACGGGCUACGUGGACCCGCCCGCCGGCGUCUUGCUGCGGGAGGGGCAAAACUACAACCCGUACUUCCCCGGCGGUGCCAUCUCUAUGGCACAAGUUCUGUACGACGAGGCUGCCGAGUACAGCGACGGAACUCCAGCGACCGCGUCACAACUGGCCAAAGACGUGUCCACUUUCCUCAGAUGGUGCUCCGAGCCCGAACUGGACGACCGCAGGCUCAUGACCAUCAAAGCCAUCGGCAUGUUCUCAAUGCUAGCCGCAGUCGUGUACUACUACAAACGACACAAGUGGUCUUCACUCAAGUCCAGAAAGCUAGCCUACAAACCUGUAUCUAAGAAAUAAUCCAGUAUAGUAGUGUGAUUACUUAUUACGUACAAUUUAGACAAUUUUUUUCCGAUAGGUGACAUCUUCAUCAUGUUAUUUAAUUGUUAUGAUUAAAAUAAUUUAUUUCUUACUUGCGGCAUGUUUUUCUUUCCCGGGAAUUUUGUGAAGUGUUCAACGCUUUUAACCGUUACCAUUCAAAGCCUGGCUAGUGAUUUAUAAGCGAGGUGGUAUUUUUAAUGUUAAUAAUUUAUCUAAUGUUAACUAACGUAUAACGUGUCGUGAAAAUGAAUGCGGCUCUGCCUGGUAAUACAUAGGUUACGAAAUUAUAUCAAUUAUUUUGUAAACUGUGCCUGUUAUGUGCAGUUCGUCAUUAUGAUGGAUUGGUGUACUACAGUCCAAUAAACGAAGUAUUGAAAAUCGUG